GUCGCACUGGAAGGCGACCUGAUACUAGAAGGGUUUCUCAAGCUAGAUCAGCAAAUCCCCAAGCAAGGGAAGAGCUUAUCGGCGAGGACCCUCGAACUCCCUCCGCUGAAGAUGGAAGGAACACUGGCAAGCAGUCCUGGUUUCUUCAUGAUGACCGUGAUAGAGAGGAGCUGGAUGGGGGUCCAGUCCAGAGGAGGACUGCGGUACCAAAUGAUGACCGGAAUGCCAGGAAUAGGAGGACUGAUGAGCGCACAGCAGGAGCAGCUCGUGACCGUGCACCAUCAGGUGCGGAGAGCAGGGCAGCAGGCAUUCGUGCCUCUGAAGUCUGUGCUGCCGCAGCUUAAUAGAGAAGCCGAGGGCAGAGCAGCUCCACCUGCUGGGACUGCACGCCGGACUGGUGCAGCAGAGAUCAAUGGCAGAGGUUCGCGUGAGGAUGCCCCUGUCAGGAGGGCGGUCUCUCACCUCGAAGGCCGCCCGCGCGAGCAGCGACCAGGACGCGGUGCAGGAUACCAGGGGCAGCACCCGGCAGACGCCCUGUUGUCAGCCGAGGAGUCGGCGGCGAGGGCGCACGAUGCAUCCGCAGCCCUCGAGACUGAGGGAUACACCCACAGGGAUGCGCGCGGAGGCCGGGGCGUGCGCCAGGGCUUCGAGCCUGCCGGCCGCGGCGGCCGCCGGGACGACCAGGGCUUCCGGGGAGAGAGGGGCCGGGGCGGCGGGCGCGGCGACGGCUAUGGGAGGGGCGGACGCGGGCAGGGCGGUGCGCGCGCGGUCGCUGUUGGCGACACCGCGGAGGCGCGGCUGCCGUUCAACUACAAGAUUGCGCAGAAGCUUUUCUCUGCCGAGGCCGAACUGGCCACUGAUGAGCCCAUGUGGCGGUACAUAGACCCGUCCGGCACUGUCCAGGGGCCGUUCCCAGCCAGGAACAUGCUGGAGUGGUACCGCAAGGGCAUGCUGCACGACAUGGGCCUGCAGGUCUGCGGAGCGGAGCGCAAGGUGGCACCUCCUGACGUACCACUGCCCAUCCACUACUACAAGCUCGGAGAUCUGCUGGAGAGCGUCAAGCGGGGUCAGCGCUUUGUGGCCAUCAGUGUGCCCGACAUCAGAUCCGGGACUGCACGGCCCCUGCUCCACACGAAGGCUCCUGCUCAGGCGUCCUCUGGCGCAAAGAAGGCAGACGCAUCGAAGCCUGGCAAGCGCAAGGAGCGCUCUGCAUCGCGCCCCGCAAAGCCUGCCCUCGAGACUGUCAGCCUCAAGCUGGUGCCUGUGGAGUCUGGCGAUGGCUUCACCGUGGAGCUCACUGUGGUGCCACCAGCGCCCAAGCCGCAGGAGGCCCCUGCAGCAAGCGCGCCAGCCGCGGAGCCGACAGCAAAGGAGAGCAGCGACGGCGCCCUGCCCGCAGCAGGCGAGGCUGCGGUGCCUGUGGUGCCUGCUGCUACAGCAGCCCUGCCGGACACCCUGCUGCCAGAGAUCGAGGACAGCGCCGCGGAGAGCGCGGGCAACGCAGAGGCUGCGGCUGAAGACGACGCUGCAGAGGAGACGACUGCAGCUACAGCGGCUGCGCCCAAGGCUGUGCCCGAGGCUGUCAGCAAGGCGGCCCCUUCUGACACUCCCGCUCCAACGGGUGCGGCAGCAGAGGAGGAGGCAGAGGCGCCCAAGGAUGACUCCGCCCCUGAGACUCCAGGCGAGCCCGGUGAGACGGCGCUUGAAGCACCAGCCGAUGCCCCAGCUGAUGCUGCAGUCCAGGAGGCUGCGCCAGCAGAAGCUGCCGAUGAGGAGACGGCAGUCCCAGAGGCAGAAGCAGAGCCAGAAGAGGCAGAUUUGGUCAAGGAGACACCAGCCGCUGCUGCUGCUGCAGAGCCGCUGAAGGACGCGGGUGCAGAGCCUGGUGUGGAGGAGAGCGCGCCAGCGGAGGAAACAAAGGUGGAGGCGGUGCAGGCUGUGCUGGCCAGCAAUGUGGACGCUGUUGUGGCUGCCGACACUGACACAGCGGACAGCAUCACCGAGGCAAUUCCAGACGCAGCACAGCCGAAGGCCGAGGAUGCAGCUAAGACAGUGGAUGCCCUUCAGCCCACAGAGGAAGGCUCCAGCAUCCCAGAACCUGCCGCUGAGACAGCUCCUGCCAAGGAUUGCCCCGCCCCUCAAGAGGCAGCGCCCAGCACUCCUGCCGAAGAAGUGAACGGCGGCAGCGGCAAUGCACACGCGGCAGAGGCUGCCAAGCCUGCAGGAGAUGAGGAGGCAGAGGUCAAAGAGGUGCCGCUGGUUGAGGCCAAGGAAGCCCCCAGCGAGGCGCAGGAUGCAGGCCAGAGCAAGGAUGGGGAGGAGGCUGCAGGCGCCAGGGAGGGCACAGCCAAGGGGGAAGCCGUGGAAGCAGCAGCAGAGAAGCCCAAGCAGUCUUCCAUGUUCAAGUCGGCCCUGAAGAUGUUCCAGGGCGGCAAGUGAGUGGCGGAUGGAUCCAUGUGGAUAUUUUGAUAACACCGGAGCAAUUCUGGGGCUGGGUCAGCAUUUGGGGCCGUCACACUGCACAGACCUGAUGGACUUGGGCAUCUUGGUGGUGGAUCUGUUGAUAAUGGAAAUAGUGUCAAAGGCAAUUGUACUGCAGUGUUGUACAAACAAUGAGGUCCCUUCCAGUAGCAUUUUAUUGUGAAUUUCAGGUUGCGUGACUUUGAGUUCCAGGAAUGUCUGUGUUGCUCUCUGUGUAUGGCCGUUUUGUGUUACAUUCUACCUCCUGGGCCACCGCUACUCUGGCUAUCAAGGCUUAGUCUUGAUUUCCAAUGUGUUUGCAUACAAUCAAUUACAGCCUUGGGGCAUGCUGUGAAGGCUCUAUACAGUGCUGUGAUGACUGCAACCAGUGAAGCUCAAAGCCAAUUUGUUAAUGAAUCUUGGCAUGAC